AUGGCGGAGGCAAUCGUCUGGAGGAUAGCUAAAAUUCUGGAUGAUUUCGCCGAGGAAGGAAAAUCAUGGGGUAUUGUCGGCGAAUUCCACAAGCUCAAGGAAACCGUUUCUACUCUCCAAAAGGUAGUGCGCAAUGCGGAAAAGCGGAGCCUCGAGAGCCGCGGAAUCAAAGCAUGGCUUGACGAUCUCGGAGAUGCUUUGCAUGGUGCAGAGGACUUGCUCGGAGAAUGGAACGUUGAAUUUUUGCGGCGAGAAUUGCGGGGCAAAGAUGAGAAGUUGAAGCAGGUAAAUACCCUCUUUUCACCUUCAAACGAACUUGCUCCAGAGCUGAAGAGCAUUAGGAAGAGAAUAGAAGCCAUCGCUGCUAGAGUGAGGUUUUUUAACUUGCUAGAGUACGCGAAGGAUGUGGAAGUAGGGAGAGGAUGGAGGGAGAGAGAGCAGUCAGACCCCUUUGUGUACGAGGAGGAGUUUAUAGGGAGAAAUGGUGCUAAAAGAGCAAUUUCGAAGUUCUUGUUAGACUCCAAAACUGAAGAAAAAAUCUCUGUCCUUUCAAUGUGGGGUAUGGGUGGGAUUGGAAAGACUUCUCUAGCUCGAUGUCUAUACAAGGAUGACAUGGUCAACAACCAUUUUGAUUUAAGGAUAUGGGUCUGUGUGGGUGACUUAUCUGAUUUCAAAAUGGUAUUGCGAAAAAUUAUAGAAAGUGCAGCAACAGAAAGAGCAGAUGACGUUGAGUUGGAGCAAUUGCAAAAUCAACUUAUGGAACACAUUCGUGGGAAAAAGUGUCUCCUAGUUAUGGACGAUGUAUGGUUACAGUUUCCUCAACACUAG